AUGGCAUUCACAAACAUAUAUCUUGUUGUUAUCGAUCCUCGUUUUCAGUUCUGGAGUCAUCUCCCUUGUUCUCAAGAUGAUUUUGAGCCAUUGUUCUUGGGUUUUCUUCUUGAUAGAGGCAGUGUAUUCACUUUGCUUUAUGCUCACAACAGGUACUUGGAAAAGCGAAAGUUUAUGCUUUUGGCUUGUCGGACAGUCAAAAAAUGCACAGUUUCUACCAGGCAUGUUUUAAAACUUACAUUGCAAGAUAAUAAAAAUGGAAAGUAAAUUUAACAGCGCUCUAUAAAGAGUAACUUUCAACGUGAAUAUUCUAGACCACACAUAUGCAAUUGAAAUUGCACUAUCCAAACCAUCACUAUCCAAACCGCCACUAUCCAAACCAUCCUAUUUCUAUUAACUGUGAUUUAUGCAAUAGUAAUUUAUUUUACAUGUGUGUACUAACAAUCUGUACCUUCCAAAGUUUUACAACUGAUUCACUAGCUCUGCCUGGUUUAAGUACUUCCGGCAACUUUUCUGGCAGGGACUUCAUUAGGAUCUUCUUAUCCGAUCCCAUCAAGUUCAUAAAGUCAUAAAUACCACUUCCCCUUCCAUCUCCAUCCUUCUCCCAUACAUCAAAUGUGACGCCGCAUUACCGGAUUGAGUUGGUGAGAUCAGAUAAGUGUUUAAUUGUCCUAUCCUUUGGAGCCUUAUUGAGAUUUUCCUUGGCAUCCCACCCCAAAGCUUGAUUCACCAAACUCUUUGUAAGGAUAUCUAAAGUGAAUAAAUAAGGUACCGUACAUAAGUAGUUUUAAUUUUGUCCCCUUUAGCACAAGUAUAAGGGUGUGGGGAAGAAAGUUAUCCUACUAUCUGGGACUUGGUCAACCUGUUCAAUGGAAAUGGCACAUUAAUGCCUAUCACUUAGGUAAACUGGAUUGGGUCAAGUGCUUUCUCCAUUAGUACCGUUCUCCAUUAGUGGGUACUAAAUAUUUUUUCGUCAACCCAUUAAGCACCAGCACUCUCUCCACUUGACAAGUAAAAUAUUCUUGCAUAAUAUAUAGGCAGAGAAAAAUCAUUUUACCUGUAAUACGGAGCAUCAAAUGUAGCUUGCUUAAUUUUCCCAGCUUAUUCUCACUGGGAGUUUUCUCUCACAAUACCAUAUACUUUGAAUAUUUAUGCAUGAGAUGAUCAAUUAGUCAUCCAUAUACACCACGUGAUUGUCAGACAGUAUAAAAGUAGCACAGAAUUGGUAUCUUUUGAGCAUUUGCGGAUUUGCCACCGAAAAGGAAGGACGGCGCUGAAAUUUUUUGGUCACACGUGUCGCAGCCGAGCCUGGCCUUGGGAAUUUAACGAAAUGCAUUGCUUACACAGAAGCAUGAUAACACUCCCCAUACCAUUUGACUUGUCAUGGUAUGUCUAGCAUUGAUGUGAAUUAAUCGUCCUCCUCAACCAGCUGUACUUGGAAUCAGGUAUCUAUUUGUUAUCUACCGAAUUCAAGUGGGUCGUCGCCACGAGUUUCGAGCCUAUUCAGUUGUCUUUGGUAUCAUGUACAAUUUGUUACAACGGCAUUUAUAUUACACUGUUAAUGUUCAACCUGUAUUUUUCCGCAUCUGCAUGCAUACAUGCAAUGUGUUUGUAUUUUCCACACAUUUUCUUAGGUACAGGUUUUUUAAGUCAUACCUGUUGUAUUCCUUGUCGAGUUUCACUGGCACUUAGUUGUAUUUUGCUUGUUCGUUUCUAUUUAAAUGGAUCCGUAUUAAUACGGCAUUUUAGCGAGUUCAAAUGCACAAAAGCCUAACGUUGUCCAUGGCAUAUAUUUUGUUCUCUCGCGGGGUUUCAGCGUUUCCUACUGUGCGGUCUGGCGAGUUCGGUACACUAAUCAAAACCCUACACAUGACUACGACGUGUUCUUGCUGCAGAUACAUUCUGGGAACGUGUACUCUGGCGUGUGACUGGGUAUAUGCGUUUAAAUGUAUUCACUUCAGCUUUUGGGUCCAUAGUAGCCUACGAGUGUUGUUUAUUCUCAGGUGUUCAUAGUUGUUUUCGAUGCCACAUCGUAGUGCGUUAGUCACUGCUUUUGCUCACAAUCCUCCGAAGCCCAAGUGUACUUAGGCCUACAAUUUGCAUGUUUUGUUUUCUUUUUGACGACCUGUGUUCUAUUUUCCUCUUGGCUGUGCAUGUUCUGUCCUCUAUCUCGUGGUUUUCAAAGUUAUUUUGUUUUAUUUUCUCACUGUUACAUUCGUUUGGAGUCUUUCUGUAUGCAUAAAGUCGUUUUUCAUGGUCAUUAGGUUUGUUCGUUCAUGCAUUUAAUGGCGGCCACUUUUCGAGUUUUUUAACCCUCGUUCCGGUGGUUUUUUGGCUGGUAAUCUUUUUCAGAUUCCCCCUCAUUAUUUGUCAACUCGGUUGUUAAUCGCGUUUUCCUAAUGUGCGGUCUGGCGAGGUGGGUACACUUAUCAAAACCCUACUGCCAUCACAAUGUUUGUUUGCACAUAUUUUUACUGCCCGGGUAUCUUAAUUUAAGGCUUUCAACAUUCCCUAAUAUAUAGCUAUACAUAUAUAUUCAUCAACUUGCGUGGGUUGUAUUUUACUCGCUCGUUUUGAAACGAUGCUUGCAAAAUGCCUAAUGCAAAUAGCGCUGCGACUACAAAGAUUGCCGUUUUUCAGUCAUUUUGUAUUACGCAUGGGAAAUUGAUACCGCUUUCUGAAAAGGUAUCAAUUUCCCGUGCGUAAUACAAAAUGACUGAUUGACUGAAAAACGGCAAACUUCACAGGGCUAUAUUAUCUGCAUUUUACAACAUUUCACAGCGAAACGUCAGAAUAUUACUAAUUUUGUGAUGCUCUUUCAAGCUGUGAUGAAAUUUUUGUCUAGACUUGUUUAGAUCAAAACUUUGUUCAUUACAUUAGGUAAUAGGUCCAAUGGCUCUCAAAUGGAAUUUGCUUACUCAUAGUGUAUUACAUCAGCAAUAUGUCAUAGAUUAUUUUUAGUGAAUUAAGUCAUAUUUUACUCUAACCGUUAGUAUAAAAGCUGGUGCACUUUAUGCAUUAUUCAUGAGUGAAAGUGAAUCAUGAAGAACUUCUAAUAUAUCUGUUAUUUUGUGAAAUCCAAUACCGAAACAUAACGAUUAAUGUGAGUGAUUUUUGAUUUGCAAUUUGUUGGGUGAACCAAAGAGAGACAACAAUGAAAAGGCACCAACCGACACUUGCACACUUUUUCCAAAAGAAAAACAAAGUUGAGAAAUCAUCAGAAUUAUGAAAGUUUUCUGCAGUAUUAUUUAUUAUUUUAUUUUAAAUUAUUUUUAAUUUUUAAUGCCACGCUUGUUUGCUUCAUGUCGCAAAAUGUAUUAUGGCGGCUUUUCUCUAGAAUCAUUACCCGGCUGGGCACAUACAUGCAUUUUUGAUAUUUGGCCAAUUGGGCCGACUCGAUUGUAUGUUCGCUGAUCACUUUAUUUAUUCUUUCCAGAAUCAGACCCACAUGCACAACUAGAUGAUGUCGAACCAAUUAAUCAAGAUCAAGAACUUGAAGAUGAACGAGAUGACCAUGACACUCAACGAGAUGAUGCUGGACCAGAUGAAGUUCAUACGAUUUGUGAUCCUGAAGAGACUCAAGAAGAAUCCGCCCCUCAAACUAGCCAAGCAAGCUCCUGUGAUCUCAGUCAAGAAUUGGACAUUAAACCAUCACAACCGAAGCUCCAGAAAUUUCUGAUAAAUACAAACUUUCCAAGCAAAAAAACAAGAUCUUUCAACACGAGCUGGUACAACCGCUUCGACUGGCUAGAGUAUAACGUUCAAAGUGAUGCAGCAUUUUGCUUUGCUUGUAAAAACUUCGGCUCAAGAAGUUCCGCAGACACCACAUUUACCGUAACUGGCUUUAGGAAGUGGACUAAUGCCCUAGACAAGGACAAAGGUUUUAUGAAACAUCAGAAAUGA